AGUUGUUCGCGUUUCGGCGUAAUCUAGACUAAUCUGGCUGGCUGGACCGGUCUGCGAAGUAGUCCGAAAAAAUGUAAAUACACCUGUGAAUAAGCUUCAGAAAUAUAUUGCACCGAUUGUUUUCCGUGCUGCGAUGUGCGUCAUUGCUCAACAUACGCUGCGUUCUGUUGCACAGUUCGCGAGCGUACAGUUAGCUGCAGUUGUCACUGUGGCACGGUUACUGAUAGUGCGCGCGCAGACAUGUCGUCUUCGCGCUCCGUGACGCCUCGCGCGUCGAGGCGCGCGCUGCCUUUGCUACAGACUCGUCUCGCGCAAAGUGCUUUAGGAGGAAGAGUUUAGUGUCGCUGCUCUACUUUUGGCGCGUCGCCGCGGAACAUCACGUCAUAUCAAAGAGCUCCCGAAAUGAAAUUAGUGGGCGCAAAACGAGCGUUUCCUUGCUGAAAGGCACCAUUGAGGCUUCCACAAUGGAGCUAUGGACACACUGGAGCGAGCGAGCGUGUGUGUGUCGUCCUCUGAAGGGGAGCCAGUGUGAAUGAGUGUGGGAGGACAACAAGAGCAGGAUGGUGAACAGUGUGGAGCACCUUCCACAAACACAUCAUCAUGUACUAGGACAGGUGGUUGUUGCAGGUUUGCCCACUUUCCAGCGUGGGAGUCGCCACUGAUGCAGGCACCAGUCGAAGGCUUGCGCAAUGACAUCCGCUCAUCUGUUCUGUGUUCUGGCUGCCAUCUUGAGCUUUUCCACUUUUGCUCACGCAGCCAACAACACGCUGGCUCGGAAUGAAUCGGCACCGCUCUCCACUGUGCUUCUGGUCUCCUUUGAUGGUUUUCGGGCAGAUUACCUCCAAAAGUACCGCUUCCCCAACCUGCAGAUGCUCUACUCUGAGGGUGUGCUGGUAGACCACCUCACAAAUGUCUUCAUCACCAAGACCUUCCCAAACCAUUACAGCCUUGUCACUGGGCUGUAUGCCGAAAGUCACGGUAUAGUGGCCAACGUCAUGUAUGACCCGGUAACAAAGAAAAGGUUUUCUAGUGAGAACGACACUGAUCCGUUUUGGUGGAAUGAAGCAACUCCCAUCUGGGUGUCGGUGCAGGAUUCCGGAUUCAAGGCAGCUGCUGCCAUGUGGCCGGGAACAGAUGUUGCAAUCCACAACCAGACAUCCACAUACUUUAUGAAGUAUGAUUCCCAAGUGACAUUUCAAGAUCGGGUAAAUACCUUGACUAAAUGGCUAGCUGAUGACAAAGCCGUCAGGUUUGCCUCUCUCUACUGGCACGAACCAGACCAAGCUGGUCACAUGUACGGCCCUGACAAUGAAACAGAGAUGGCCAAGGCCCUGAAGGAGGUGGAUGACAAUAUUGGCUUGCUGAUAGAGACUCUGAAGCAGAGUGGGUUGUGGGGGAAAAUCAAUGUCAUUGUGACAAGUGACCAUGGAAUGGUGCAGUGCUCUCAGGAUCGACUUAUAAGGUUAGACAGCUGUCUUGAUGCCAGCAACUACACAUUAGUGCUUAUUACUCCUGUUGCUGCCAUUAUUCCCCUCACAGGUGUUUCUGGUGUGUAUAAUGCGCUAAAGAAAUGUCACCCACGUAUGAAAGCCUACUUGAAAGCAGACAUCCUUGUUAGGCUGCAUUACAAAGACAAUGAGAGGAUUCAGCCAAUCAUCCUGGUUGCUGAUGAAGGUUGGACAAUUGUCCAGCGUGGGAAUCUUUCACUAUUGGGUGAUCAUGGCUAUGACAAUUCUCUUCCCAGUAUGCAUCCUUUCUUAGCUGCCUAUGGCCCUGCUUUUCGCAAAGGUUACAGGUUGUCACAGAUGAAUAGUGUAGAUUUAUAUCCCUUGAUGUGCCACAUCUUGGCGAUCCAAGAGAAGCCAAACAACGGCAGUUUCUCCAACAGUCGCUGCCUUCUCAUCACUGAGAGCUGCAUUGAACUCCCAGGGGUCAUCGGCAUCGUCAUUGGCGCUCUAAUGGUCCUCACCACACUGACCUGCCUCUUCAUCUUGUUAAAGAACCGAGUGCCUUCAUCAUCUCGCCCCUUUGCCCGCCUGGAACUACAGGAGGAUGAUGAUGACGACCCUUUGAUUGACUGAGUUGUUGUUGACUUGCUGUUACGUGUCAGGUCUUCUGGUUUAAAUCUCUGCUGAGACUGCUGAAUAUUAAAAAAUAAUCCACAUUCACAGAAGAUGAUAGCAAAGAAGUGAUAAAGCAACAGGGUUUUGAUUUAUUCAACAAACAUUAGACAGAAGUAGUUCAAGAUUGUAGCACUCAGUUAUGACCUUAUAGUGAUCUUUUGGUGUAAUGUUCUGGUAGCCUCCAUAGAUCAGCCAGGACUUGUGUAUUGCUGCUGAACUUUUGAAGAUUUUUUUUUUUUUUAAAUGUGUGUCUGACCUGAUUCACAGUUCUGCUGAGUGAAAUAGUGGAAAUAUUUAAUUUAGAAAUGUAGUGAGAAUGUGAAAAUGCCUUCAUAUGUAUAGGGAAAGUCUUCAGCUUUGGUGCAGCAUGCUAUUUAACCAAUCAAUGUAGAGAUGUUAUUGUAGGAAUAUGAGUUUAUGUUCAUAGCUCAUACUUGUGCUUCCUGGGCUACUAUACAGAAUGUGGAUGGGGAAAUGGGGGAAAAGUACUCUGCUAAAAUUUUCACAGGGGAAUGCAAACUGAUAGUUUUGUCACAAUGACUCUUUUUGACAAAUGUAUAGUGCAAGAGCAAAGGGUAGGGACACAUUUUUAGUAGAGAAAUAAAAUGAAAUUACAUAUUUAAUUGACUGAGUGCCUUAAAGUUAUAAAGCUAAGGAUGUACCUUCAUUUACUUGAAUAUGUUGUUUGUUAGGGUUACUGUUCCACCGAGAAGUGUUGUUUCCAGGAAAGCAGAUUUGCCACUUUAAUAGUGUACUAAAUAUUCUCACGUUCUGCAAUUUAUUGUAAACGCAUAUUCUUUUUUAAAAUGGAUAUUUUUUUUUUCUGUCACCAUGUUCAGGCAGCAGUUGUUUUUACAUGAACAUAAUGUUUUUGCUUUUGUGUCGAGUUUUUGAGUGUAUGUAGCUUUAGCUUGAUCCACAGUGGUCUGAAGAGAGCACUGAGCAGUUUCGUGGUGUUGGUUCAUUAAAGUGUAUCUGUCAUGCUCUAAGGGAACUCUUCCAGUUCCUUCUGAUAUUCAUUCUUUGAGCUAAAAGUGAAUGUUACACUAAAAUAGGAAGUAGACAAUUAUGCAGGGAAUUGUGUGUGUAUGUAUGAAGUUCGAGCCCCGCUUGGGGUGCCCUGCGAUGGA